CGAAAUUAUUUAACCAUACAAAUAUCCAAAAAUUCACACAGUAGUCGCCAGACGAUUGCCCCGACACUAUGAUGUACCUUUGUUACAUAGUGGUUUUAAUCUUAACCGCGUUUAGUACAAAUGCUGAACCUGCAAAAUUGGAUUGGUGGCAGACUAGUGUCAUUUACCAAGUAUACCCAAGAUCGUUUAAAGACAGCAAUGGUGAUGGCGUUGGAGACCUAAAAGGUAUAGAAGAAAUGGCCGAACAUUUUAAUGAAACAGGUAUUGGAGCUAUAUGGUUGUCCCCAAUAUUCAAAUCUCCCUUGGCUGAUUUCGGUUAUGACAUUUCCGAUUUUGUAAAAAUCGAUAGCACUUAUGGAACAAUGGAAGACUUUUUAUCACUUCAGAUGAAACUUAAAUCGCUUGGCGUUCGUAUUCUAUUGGAUUUUGUGCCCAACCAUUCAAGUGACGAACAUGAGUGGUUUCAAAAAUCAGUCAAAAAAAUUGAUCCAUACACUGAAUACUACGUGUGGCUUGACGGAAAAUUAGAUGAAAAUGGAAACAGAGUACCUCCAAAUAAUUGGCGAAACUAUUUUGACGGAAGUGCUUGGGAGUGGUCGUCUGAAAGAGGACAAUACUAUUUGCACCAGUUCACGGUUAAACAACCAGAUUUAAAUUACAACUCUCCUGCUCUAUUAGAAGAAAUGAAGAACGUACUUAGAUUUUGGCUAGAUGUUGGCGUUGAUGGAUUCCGCAUAGACGCUUUGCCUUUCAUAGUAGAAGACAUUACGUUUGAAGACGAACCACUGAUUGAUCCAAAAAUCAAAGAUGAUAAUUACACAUAUUUUUUGCUCGACCAUACGUUAUCUAGGGAUCAACCAGGUACAUAUAAAAUUGUCGAAGAAUUUAGAGCAAUCUGUGACGAAUACACUAACCGUGAUGGAAAUACAAGACUAAUGUUAGUCGAAGCGUACGCGUCCAUUAAUUACACGAUGAUGUACUACAGCCAGCAAACACACAGGGCUCAUAUGCCGUUCAAUUUCAACUUUAUCACAUACUUGAACAAAACAUCGUCGGCCGUCGACAUAAAGAAUACGAUCAAUCUAUGGUUGGACAAUAUGCCUGCGGGUCAAUGGGCAAACUGGGUGAUAGGGAACCAUGAUAACAAACGAGUGGCUACGAGAUUCGGGCAGGACAUGGUCGACCCAAUGAACACGCUGACGACGAUGUUACCGGGCACGGCGAUCACGUACAACGGAGAGGAAAUCGGUAUGGCUGACGGCACGAUAAGAUGGGAUCAGACGGUUGACCCGUUCGGUAGAAACGGCGGUAUGGCCAGGUACGAGGUGAACUCGAGAGACCCGUGCAGGACGCCGUUCCAUUGGAACGAUUUGCAGAACGCCGGUUUUACGACGUCCCAACACACUUGGCUUCCCGUGAACAGCAACCAUUGGUACCUGAACUUGGCCUUUCAAAAGGUGUGCUUAAGAAGCCACUAUCAGACGUACAAAACGCUGUUGCGACUCCGUUCAUCUCCGACGAUAGCCCAAGGAAAUCUCACCAUGCACACGCCAUCAGAUUGGAUUUUGAUUUUGACUAGACAAUUGGAAGGCCACGAGACCUUCUACAUUGUUUUAAACGUAGGGUCGGAACAAGAAGCAAUUAUUUUAAAUGAACACUUUAAGGACGUACCGAUUUAUAUGAUCGUCCGUGCUUCGAGCAUAAAUGCAUGGCACAGUGAAAAUGAUUACAUUGAUACAACAAGACCACUAGCAAUGCGACCCAAGUCAUCACUAGUGUUAUCAUAUUGAUAAAAUGUUCAACCCAAAAAUAUUGAGAAUAUAAAUUAGAGUUGCGUUAAAAAAUACUCCAAUGCAUAACUGUGACUUGACAUUAAACAAUGAAUACUUUUAAGUGGAAUUAAAAACAAAAAAAUGUUCUCUGCAUGCAACCACCAAAGAAGAAACCCAAUAGAAUGAAGCAACAAAACUCACUGAAACAUAAAUUAAACACAAACGAAGAAAAAACAUUAAGACAGGUAACAAAAAAAAGAAACAAAAAUGCAAUUAAAAUAUUUGUAUACAUAAAACAUUCUUCAAUAACACCAUAGACGCAAUUUGGGGGAUGCUUCGAAGUACUUUGUACCCCUAGACGUAUAACAACAGCCAUUAAUACAUUCUCAAUUUGCUUAACUUGAACUGUUUUGUUUUGUUUUUUAAUACUAUCAAACGGAUUAAAUCAUGUUAUUAUUUUACAUUCU